AGGUCGAUCGCUAUCAAAGGCGAAAAGUCCGAACUACUUCUUCUAAAUCGUUCGUCUCUCCUGGUUGUAUUUAGUUCGAACCAGAGCUGCACUGACUUGAGCGUGAGCCAACUACAUAGAAAAAGAACGAUACCCCCGCCCUCGUAAAUGUAGAACACCACCUCGCGGCUACCCAUUUUCAAAAUGGUUGGACCUCCCGGCCGCAGGCUGAGUGCGAACAAUCCGAACCCCUUUUUGGGAAAGAACGGGGGAACAACGACCGGAACGUCAACAGCAAAUGUGUCUUCUUCACUGCCAGGGGACCACUCCGAACCUCACGGGGCAUCGGCGGACGCCCGUGGAAGUCCGCAACGCGCAGUCGGCGCCGGAUUUUCCCUUUCCCCGAAAUCGCCGAAGCGAGGAACGAAGAGCAUCAAGGACCUCUCCCAGCUUUUCUCGGGGGGUGCGGCAGCUGGAGCUGCAUCUACUUCGGGUUCCACGACUGGAGCGGCCUCCUCGUCAUCUUCUUCUUCGUGUCGAUUGAUGUCCUCGUCCUCGACCCAUGGUGCUGGUGGGGGAUUCGGUGCAGCUGUUACUACAGCUUCUAGGGACGUCGACAAGAACCCACCUGGGCGGUCGUUAGGGGGUGCGCCCCGAACCGCCAAGCACUCCUCCUCUUCGUGUAGUAAGCCUGACGCUCCGGGAGGUCGUAAGGCAACUACCUCGUCCUCUACCACCACCUCCUCGCAUUCACCGGGGAAAAAGGCUGCAGACAGCUGGAUCACAUCAAAUCAAAACCGGUCAAUGCUGACGCCGGACCGCGAUUUAUCGGCCGGAAAAUCUUCUUGUUCGCCAAAGAAGACUUCUGAGCAGGCGCGCGACGGCCAAGAAGUCGAGGGUGGUCCUCGUCCGAGGACCAGUGUAGUCUCAUGCGGUCCGCCUGGAGCAGCAGUAAAACCUGCCGAGAUCAACCUGUCGGCCCCACCGGGUGCGGGUGGGUUCAAGGGACCGCCCCGGCGGAAGCCCUCUACAGUCGUGACCGGUCCGCUCGUCGGUUCGCUGGCCGCUGAAGGAAAUAAAGCAAAAGGGUCCAGCUCAAGAACCGGUUCCGCUUCGCCUGCAAACAAAUCGUCUCACGUCGAAACCAUCUCGAAAGCUCCAAGCGAAACCCAUACCAAAACGCCUGAAAGACCGAAGAGUCCCGAGCAGCCACACGUAGAGGCGAGUGACUCGCUUGCAGAAGUUCCUGUUGCCGCGGGGAAUGGCAGUGAAAAAGCGACUUCCUCCUGCUCUGGAAGCCCGACGCGCAGUCCACUGAGUCUAAAGCAAAGGACCAAGCUGAUGAACCAGAACAACCGCGGCCCAGCUCCUGCAUCUUACCAGCCACAGAUUGUCCGCACGCCGAAACUUCGACCGCUUAACAAACGAAAAUCCGAUAUCGUUGAUCGCGACCAAGCCAGCAGCAGCAAGCCUGUACUGAGCCACCUUCUUUUGAUACGUUGGCUCUGACGAUGGAGCUCUUCGUUCUCCUUCUUCAGAUUUUCAUCUUCUGUGUGCACAAAUCAUUGACUCGAAAUCUUCGACGACGCCAAACAAAAAUUAUUGAGAUUGUUGUUGUUCCUGUAUGUAGCGAAAAAAAUAACUAGCCAACAUCCACCUCCUCCUGGUACCUCCUGUGAGUGUGAAGUGAUAAAGCAUCAGCCACAGUUUGUCACACUCACGAACCAUACGCGAAGCUAUCAAAUGAAUUCCAAGUUAGUAAGUAUACACAUCUUGCUAAGGUUGUAUCACCACCGGUGCGUUUGUUGUACUAAAAAACCUUCAGAGAACCACCUUCAACACAGUUUCGCCCAAAAGCACGCACUUCAUCGUUGGAAGCUGACGAAGAGGAGGUACCCAAGAAGUCCGAAGGCGGUGUUGUUACAUGUUCGAGGACAAACACGGACUUGCAGCUUUCUACUACUGGUACAAAACCUGACGUUCUAAAGGACGUGGAAAACCCAAGUACAACCUUGACGAAAACACCUGUACCUGGCGAGACGGACGAGAAUCCAGAUGUUGACAAGGCAGAAUUGAAUCAUGACGAUGCUGGAGCGAAUAACCCUACUUGUCACGAUCAUCCCGUCGAGGACGCCAUAGGUAUCUCCGCCGCCGGAAAGGUAGUGGCGGCCUCACACAAUUAUACAACUACUGCUUUCGAUAUUGUUUCCGGCGCUGAUGUUAAAGAGAUGCUUUCGUUUCCGAGCCAGAGCACGGCUGGGGCUGCAAUGAAAGAAGAAGCAUAUGAAUCCGCUGGUGGCGGGGCACAUAAUUCAGCAGCUGCAGACGAGGCGAAACAAGAAGACGUCGCUCCACCUAGUUCCGAGAACACCGCGCGAAAUUUCCAAGACGCUGACGCACCUACGCCAGACCCAGAGGACGACGCGGUUAGUGAGCUCGUGAUCGUCUCAACGAGGGGGCGGGACGACGAAGAGCAACCUUCUGGGUCGAGUGUUUCAACAGACCUCGGCCCAGAGAAGGUGAGAAACCGAGACAGUGGGGAAGAACGGUAUGGAAAUGAAGCUCAGGCAGACGCGGACGGAGAAGCAGCUAUGAACACGUGCCCCGUCCCUGUGACGGUGCUGUCAGCGUCUCCCCCGAAGACCGGGGACGAGGCGGAAGCAGGUGGGGGAGCACGACCCGUCGGAAGCGGAACCGAACCGGCAUCAAACGCAAACGAACACAAUGCCACAAGUGACGGAAAAGAAGAAAAGAGGACGGAAGAGGGAGAAGAGGAUGAAAUUUGCGUUGAUGGCGAACCCUUGGUGUUGCCACCGGCCACGGCAGCUCCUGCUGCGCAGAGCGAGACACUACCCGGUCCUGGUGCCCAACUACAGCACGACUGCUCUACUACUUCGGUGAUCUCAGAAGAACAAGUAGCGGAGUUGCGAAGACAAGUUGCCGUGCUACAGGAAAGUCUUGCGGAGAAAGAUCGCCGACUAAAGUCACAAGACGAGCACAUUGCACAGCUGACGGAACUACAAAAGGACGCGACACUGGAGACCAGCGCAUCCUGCAAGUCGACCGCCCCGUCCAAUCUAGGUUCAUCCUCCGGCGUUGGAGUUUUUCUCCCAACUCCAGCUGGACCACCGGAAAUCGCUUCGGGCGCCGGGAUUUCGAUGGUCGGAAGUGCAUUGAGGAAGCAAAACAGCACCGAGCUGCGUGGGAGCUGCACGCAAGCGAUUUUGCUAGAAACAUCUUCCUCUGCUGCACCCACCUCAGCAUCCAAUUCAAACAAGGAGGCGACCACUCGCACGAGGGGUCCAUUCUCGAUUGGAUUGUCCGCGCAGCAGACCACGUUGAGCGCAGCGCCGCAAUCAGCAGCGCGCACGCCACAGGAGGAACAGAGCAGCUUUCUGUCGGCGAACGAUAUCUCCCCAGUCGAUGACAACAAGUCCGUGUGCGAAUAUCUCAGUAGUGCGCUGAGUUCCAGUAAUGCGGGUAGUGCGGUAGCUUCUCCAGCGGAAAAUAUCGCAAUCGUAACUCCAGUGGCAACUACAUUAAGUGAUCACGAUUCAUCAGCACCAGCAGAGACAGACAGUGGACCUUUGUCGGAAAAGGAAUCAGCAAGAUGCGACACAACUUCUGCAACGAGUGCCGUACUUUUGUCGUCUGCGUCUUCAUCAAAAGAGUCGUCGACCUCGAGUGCUAGUGGCAGUCGCGCAAGCACUGUUUGCUCCGCUGCCGUCGAAGAAAAGGUCCGGGCAGAACUGGAGCAAAAGUUUCGUGAAGAACAAGAAAGGUGGAAGAAAGCGAACGCUGAAUUGCAAACCGAACUCGAGCGAUUGAAAGCAGGAAGCGCGGAAAUACAAGUGGUUUCGAACAAAGGAGGUGCUGAGAACGCCACUGCGAUCAGCGAAUCGGAACCGCGGAAGAGUGUUGCGCCCGUUCUUGCAGAGGACCCGCAGGAAGAUGAAGAUGAGCUUGUGUGUCUGCGGCGCAAAAUAACGCAGCUUGAGGAGGAGCUGCGAACGGCCAAAAGCUUCAGUAGCAGAUCUGCAUCUACGCCAGAUGCGGGCGACAGCGAACGGAGCAGCGGCUCACAGGCUGCAGGAGCUUUUUCACUCGGAGUUGUGAAGCCCCUCGUUUUGCAUGUUGCUCCAGCAUGUCCUCCCGGUGGGGAACAUGAGGACGUUCCAAAGAUUGAAGCUGCAUCCGACGUCCCAACCGCGGACACGGGCGUGCCAAGCAACGGAGCAGGAAACGCAGGGAAGGGAAAAGGAACUGGGAAGAUGAAGGGUCCACCUCCACCUCCAGUACAACCUUCUUCCACCUCUCCCGCCAUCGAAGGCGCGGCAUCGUCAACGUCAUGUGAGACACCUUCUGUUGUAUCAGACGUGAGGUCUUCCUCUUCCACAGUGGCAGGACUGACAACAAAAGGCAAGCCGGGUGCAGCACCGUUGCCGGGACCGAAGGGCGGACAGAAGGCCGCGCCGCCGCCGCCACCCUUAGGUCCUGCUGUAGCUUGCGGAAAGUCCUCUGCGCCCCCGCUCGAGGCCAGCUGCGCAACUAGCAGCUCGACGACCUGCUCCAAGGGAAAAACUAAAGGUGCGGCGGUACCAGCUGCCGGGAAGCCACAGACUGGGCCCUCACCGCCAGGUGGAGGCAAGAAAGGAGCCGCGGCACCACCGGGCGCAGGAGCAGUGGGGAGCAAAAAGGGUGGCGGCAAAGGUGGAAAAGGAAAGCACAACCGCGCCCCACCGCUCCCGCGAAGCAACGGCUUCAUCAAUAUUCCGUGGGCUGUUAUUUCCGAGACCGCUUCGGAACGGACACAAGAACAGCUGGAGAAGACUGUCGGCGACUUCCUCGGGCCCCUUUACAACGUCGGCAACAUUCUCGGCGAGGUGCAAGUUGCGGCCACCCCAGAAGAUGUUGACAACACGGAAACAAACGAAGAGCACGACACUUCUAGACCGGUAGAUGAACAACGGAAUUUGGGAAGAACGGCGGGGCCCGUGCUCAACAACCGUGGCGGCUGUAGAAACAACCCACCAGGAGGGGGCGUUCUGGUUUUGCCAACGAUCAACGAGAAUACGCCAGCAAGCAGUCCCUCGGCCGCAUCCACGUCCUCUGCGUCCGCAACGCCUGCAGCUAGUUGCACGACUCCCGCCCGGCAAACAGAGGCCCCGAAAAAGCGAAAAGCAGCGUCCCUGUGGUCCAGGAAGCUGGUUUCCAAGGUUUUGAUUCAGGACCGCAUGCUAUCCUUCUUCAAAAAAGUGCCCGCAACGUCUACCGGCCUUGCUGCGGGGGGAGUGGGCGGGAGCAAGCCCGGAUCCGCAAAAAACUCGCCGCUGGACGACGACUGCGCCAGCGGUGAACAAGGCGGCAAGAGCGGCGACGCGAGCACGAAGAAGCUUUGUCUGAUCGACGGCAAACUGGUGCAGCAUGGUGAAAUCUUGUGGCGGCAAAUCGUGAAGGAGUUUCCGGCCAAGGACAGUCUGGAAACGUGCGAGAAGUUCCGCAACGCGUUCCUGAAUUGCACCCUGAAGUCACCCGACUCGCUGGCCUCCAUCCGACCGCUUAUCGACUGCGUCGCCGAGGCCCUGGAGCAACAAGACAGCGACAACGGCAAGGAAAGUCUGCUGGCGCUGCGGAAAAAUGACGAAAGCCUGAAGAAGAAAUUCCAGUACCCACACCUGCACAAGCUCUGCUUCGACGUGAUCAGCAUCUCCGGGUACGACGAGCGGAUCGACGUGCUGAUCUACAAACUCGAGUUCUACCAGCAGGAAAGCGAGCUGCGGGCCCGGAUUCAGGUCGUCCGAAAGGCGAUCGACGUGCUCAUCUCGAAAAAGCACGUCCUGCGCAAGUUGUUCCAACUGAUCCAGGACCUUGGAAACAAGCUGAACGCCGGCUGCCAAGCGCCAACAGCGGAGCACGGCUUCCGGCUUAUGCACAUUGCAAAAGCAUCGUAGAACUAGAGAAUAAAAGUACUAUGUGGUCGUGUAGCUGGGUGGAUGAAAUUGAAAGAACUGCGACGUGGACGUACUCAUGAAGUAAAUUGUAUGUAAAUAACGAUCAUAACGAAGAUGAAGAACGGAAAAUAUUUUUUUAGUACAUUUGUACUUGUCAUGGAAAAUGCCUGCAAUAAAGUUAAAGAUUCACACACGCGUGAUCAAGAAACAAUUAAUAGGCAGAUCUGCCACGAAAACGAAUGACUACACGUGGAUGGUGAAGCAGCAUGUGCAUUACUGCAACAAGAAGUAGAAGCAUGACCACUUCUACGGCACAACUUUUGCACAGAAUACGGCUCACCUCGCUGCAAAAGAUCUGCGAAAUCAAGUGUGCAUCGUUGACCGCAACGAUUCUGCACUUCGUGUUGUGCAUGAUGGGCGAAGAAGACAGUAUGGUGUUCACUGACGCGGACUGCAAGGCGCUGCGCGAGGCCCGGUCCGUGCGCACGUAUGCCAUCUAUGACCGAACGAAGGACCUGCUGCAGCCUAUGAGCGAGCUAAAGGAGCUAGUGAGUACCAACACCUACAACAAGAAACAGAUCAAGCGGCGGCGCGAGACCAUUGGUGGACAAGUGGACAAAAAGGACCGCUUUCAUGAGGAGAUUGAGGGCUUUCUCCUAGGCGCCGCGUCAAACGAACGAGAGCUGCGGCGCGAGACAGAGCAGUUCUUCGCACGAUACCUGCAGUUGGGGGUCUUUUUCAACGACCUACAAACUGUUUGGCCGCCGCCAUCCAAGGAAAGUGAUCCUAUCAAAAUGAUGAAAAGCGCAGCUCCAUUGCACGUUGCCCCCCCAGAAAAAAAUGCCGAUAAUUUGUCGGACGCCAAACGGCAACUACUUUUUGUCUUGUGUACAACUACAGCUGUCACUGCGAAGUGGCAUAAUUCUGCUCCAGAAUGCUCUUUCGACAUACAGGGGGUGCUGUGUGCCACCUCUGGCAUGAAAGAUAUCAUCGCCGCGGCUGUACCAGUGCUGUGCAACACAGGCCUACAAUCGUUGCUACUCUAGGUCGAAAGGAAACUUAAAGUUUUCAGCAGUGAUACAUUCUUUCAACCAAAUUGCUGGCAAGUACUAUCAAUCUACACGAGUUAGCUCAAUUGCGAGGAAGCUUCGAAAGAAUUCCAACGGUUUCCCAGUCUGGAGCUGCAGGGGCGCUUUUCUUUGUGAUAUGUCCGACCAAAGAUUUGUUCGAGAUUUUCGACGUAUUCGCGGAAAAAAUAUGAAAAUGCACAACUCCCUCGUCCUUAACAUUCGUCUUCGUCACGACGCAAUAUUAUUUCUGAUCAAAUCGACAACUUGAGGACUCCGCCGUGCCUCUGAAGUGCGCGGUUUGCCCGGCCCUGCUUUGACACCCGUGUACUAUGCAUGUGCGGACUUCUUUAUCUUCAGGUGAAGGCCACAUUUUUAGUAAUUGUCGCUUUUGUUGCUGCUCAUGCUUUUCAUAUGAGUUGGGCGGGGAUGCUGGGGAAGAAUCACAGUUGUGCACUCCCAUAAGAAGUCCGGGCGGUACAGAAGGACCUCGGGUUUCAUGUUGAUCCGCACCAGCAAGGCCGCAAGUCCCUGAAUCGCAGUUCCACAACGAUGCUUGUGGCGCGGGACCAGGCAGAAGUCAAAAACGUGUCCAUGCUGCGAGAAUACAUCCAGUCGUCCUGUCUCAAGGCAGACCCAGAAGAGGAAGCGCAGCCACAGUUGGAAACCGUCGAAAGCUUUGUACGUGGAGGCAAAUCUUCGUCCCCUAACACUGCUUCAAGGACAGCAUCGGCAACAAAUCGGGGCGACGAUCGGUAAAUACUAAAUAGAAUACCUUAUUGAAUUGUUCUUGCGGAGGACUUGUUUCAAUCCAUAAUUUUGCUGUUGCGUCAUCUUCUUGGAGCGCGUGGCUUCUUUUUGAUGUUUUGAAAAUUGGCUUCUUUUUCUUUGAUCUGUUUUGACAUUAAGAUGCGUUUCUGAUUCUCCAACGUGGAUGUGAGAAUAAGCAACGGACAGUGGCGGGAUAUUUUGCCAAACCGAUACCGAACAAGUCGAGGAUUUUGCAUGUACCAAUAGAUUAUACGCACGUAGUACCUGCUACAAGUAGCCUUCACUGAUUCUUCUAUGCACGCAUGAGAGCAGUCGUCGUACACAAAAAUCGCGAGGACGGCAACGUCAUCAUCUUAUCUGUCAGGCUCUCGCCCCCGAGCUCGCCAGAGGGAAACAAGACGAGCCCAAUCCGCUUUUCUGCCUGUCCACCGAAAAGGAAAACGGCCCCUGCGGUCGUCGCGGACCGGUGUCUUGCUCAGUUCCGCGAGAUCAACACCGCACCGGUGCGGGUGGUGGCCCAAGAGAAGGUUGCCACCACUUCAGCCUUGCCCAGUCCCGUGGAAUCGCAGGGGAGCAGCGACCAGCACAACAUGUCGGACGUUUCCGCCUGGAGUCCGGACGAAGAAAAUAGAUCCGUGUCACUUACCGAGCCGCACCAAGUACUAGAACCCCAGCAAGAUGAACCCGAGUCGACAUCUACAAAGAUCGCGGUUUCGGAGGCCCCAAGAAGAACAGAUGGCACCACGACCUUGGGAGCAGCAGACGAUGGACGCGAUGACAAAAUCGACCAAGCUAAAAAAGCAAAUUCUUCACCCGCCACGAAAGGGAAAGUAAGCAGUGGAGCCGACCACGCGCCCCAGUUGCGCGGUGCAGAUGUUGAUAACGAAAACGAAGCAAGCAAAACUGCGAUAAGUGUUGCUGAUCCUCCUUUUCCACAGAGAAGUAAGUUUAUGAAGCGCGACGGUGCACCAGCUGCGAAGGCCGUGAGGUUUUUCUUAUGUGGUUCAGUUCCCAAGAUAAGUUAAAUCAUUUAACUGAGAAAAAUGAAACGAAAAAAAGACCCCAACAAAGCCACGAACUGCUGUCACUCAGCAGCGGAAGCUUCUGGAUGUCAUAGCGAAUAGGGAAAACCGCGCGACUUCAGUCCUUGUAUUUGGUAGAGCUCGUCGUGGUGCCUCGCGUCGGUGUCGUUUAUGUCGCUUGCGCUUCCGAGCCUCCACACCGGUGUCAAGUUGGGCUAGAAACCUUCUUGGCCCCGCAGAGGGAGACCAUGCCACGCCAGCAAGGAAAGGCUCUCGCGUUUUUUUUGUGAGCCGCUGAGAUUUUUUCGAUCUAGUGGCACAAGCCGAGCGCACCUCCGUGCCGCUGUCCCGUUCGCUGCUCAGUGAGGGCGUAUACCUUCGGGCAGUGCAAGGCUUGCGUGCCCAAAUUAGUUGUGAUGCUCAGCCGUCUGCUUGGCUGUGCAGCGGGCAAGUACACGGGCCGGCGCUGCGCAAUUGCUUCGCCACACCAAGCAGAGACCGCCGACCGAGUUUUUUUUUUCGAGCUGGGAGCCCAGCAGACAAUUUUACUCGGGCCCGAUUUAGUCGCGCAUUUGCAGGCGCCACACCGGGCGCCGGAAACAGAGAAAAACUGGAAAUAGCUCGGGGCACUGAGUUAAAUGAGAAAAUUUUUUUCUCUGUGCGACGCAUUUUCUCGGUUUCGCGCGACGCAUUUUUUUCUCUGUGCGCUUUUGCUUGCCCAGUGAAAGCCACAAAAAAAAUUUGGCGCUGCCGCGCAAACCAACAGGCACAACAACAGCGCGCAUCGCUCAGGGCCCUGCUCCGGGCAGCCGCAGAGGCGGACCCAGGCGUCGAAGCCUGGUAGCCAUUUCCGGGGCCGUUGGCCGCGCACCCAUUUGCCCGCGCGUGUGGGCUAGUAGGUAAUGGGACCGGGCGAGAGAGGUGUUGUCGCAGGGUUUGGUGCGUCCUGUGUCUCCGGGGGCCCACGACUAACACCAUACUGCGACGCCUUGGCACCUGGGAGAAGCGAGCGCGCACUGCCUUGGCCCCUUUAUGAAAGAAAAGAGUUCUGGGUGGCCUUGGGGGCGGCAGUUUGGCACAGCAAAACACUUCUCAAUAGCCGGGGGCGGAAAGUGUGUUGCCAUAUUGUCGCCAUCGCUUUUCAUGGGAGCCCGCUUUUCGUUGCCGAAAAAAAAUACUCACUUAAUCAAGUUUACUCUUCUUGGGAAUCUGGACCUCUUGAUUUGGCAACGGUGCACCAGCUGCGAAGGCCGUGAGGUUUUUCGCAGAGGAACCCGAAGAAGAAGGGUCCACAGGAGCAGCUCACUUGCAAUUCCAUGGUUCGCGAAGUUCAUUACUGAAGAUGCCGGAUUGUGCAAAUAAGAAUAACCAAUUACCACACGAUGGCUCCUUCAGUAACUCAACUAGCGCAGCACAGCACAUGGGCCACAUCACGGCAAGUGUACCAUCACCUGCACAGGAAGAUAGUGGCAGCACCAGUCCGCAGACAACCUUGCCGUCGCCCCUUCAGCGCAUGACAACGCGUCCCGGCCGUAAGCCCUCGGUCUACAACAACCGGAAACCACGGAAGUCCCUUAGUGCCUUUGCCGACCGCGUUACCCAACGGAACAAGCUGGUGGUGAACACAGACCAGGAGCAGGAGCAGGAGCAGCAGCCGCAGUAUAGUACGGCGCAGGAGCAGUGA